AUGCCCAUCAUCAAAAACUUCACCCUGCCGGCCUCUGCAAGGCUCCUGGAAGUUCCCGAUGCUCCCAACGCAAAACUCUUCCUCGCGUUCAUCUCCGGCGACGAUGUCAUCACCAAGCAGCCAUGGUGCCCUGACGUUCGUGCCGCGCUGCCACACAUCGAUGCUGCGUUCACUGCGCCCGAUGCCCCGACUGUAGCUCUUGUUUCCGUGGGAGAGAAACCAGUGUGGAAAGAUCCUAAGAACAUCUACCGCACACAGUGGAAUGUCAACAACGUCCCAGCGCUGGUGCGCUAUCAGCGCAUCAACGGAGAGGUCUCCGAGACUGCGCGGUUGAUUGAGGCAGAGAUCUUGAAUAAGGCAAAGCUAGAGGCUUUCCUUGCUUGA